AUGGGCAAGGAAAAGGGACAGAAAAAGGAGGAGUUAAAUAGUGAUUGGGAGAUAUUGGAUAGGAAUGCUCUAGAGCAAAUCUGGUUGUCGCUCGCCAAAUCAGUAGCCCACAAUAUUUUGAAAGAGAAGAUGACAGUGGGGCUUAUAGAAGCACUCACAAAGAUGUAUGAGCAACCGUCGGUAGCAAACAAGUUGCCAGAUAGUUGGGCAUGUUGUGUGAUGGUAAUCAGCAAUUCGACGGGGAAGGAGAAGUUGAAGCUGAGUGAGGUUGUUAGUAUGAUUCUAUCCAAGGAGGUUAGAAAGAAAUCGUCCGAAUCAGAAGAUUCAGGUUCAACUCUAAACUUCGAGCAGAGAGGCAAAAGCCAGAAGAAAGGAAACCAGAAUAGGAAUCAGUCGAAAUCAGUGAAGAAGAGGAAGCUAUUUCAGAAUUAUGUAGCAGGGGACUUUGGAAAAGUGUAUUUGAGGAAUAACGAGCCCUGUAAUAUUAUUAGAAAGGGUGAAGUACAGAUUCAGAUGAAGGGCUCUAAGUGGACCUUGAAGAACGUAAGACACAUGCCGAAGCUGAAGAGGAAUCUUGUUUCGAUGGGACAACUUGGAGUAGAAGGCUAUGUUUCAACAUUCACAGGGGAUUCAUGGAGAAUCUCCAACGGUAUGAUGAUAGUUGCUCAAGACAACAAGCUAGGAACUCUCUACCUCACCUUACAUACGAGUGACACCCUCGUAAUUACAGCUGAUAAAGAGAGUACAGAUCUGUGGCACAACAGGCUAGGGCACAUGAGCAAAAAUGGGGAUGAAGAUUUUGCAUUCACAAGGAAAGCUAACCGGGAUCGACACCGUGGAAGUCGGGAUUUGUGA